AUGUACAGGAACGAGCGACACAAAGCCGCUACGCCAAAUAUUGUCGUCGCAGACAUUGCCCUCCAGGGCACAGAGGGAGAGUCCCCCGUUGCGCCAGAAUCCAUAGCCCAGGAUGUCGGGAGAGAGCGUUCCCCAGUCAGGGAGGAGAGGAAAGGAAAGCACAGGCGUGAGAGAAGUCGCGGCGGUGAUUGGCCUCAGCCGUUGGGAAUUUUGGCCGCGGAGGUGCACGGACCAUGCGACUUCGACGGGAUUUUCCUGCUCACAGAACUCGACUCCGAUCCAUCGACUGUCGACUCCUUCGAUCUGUCCGUCACAUCCGUCUGCGAAGAUGAUGUUCAAGCCUUCGUCACCCCUCUUCUCGGGUCUUCUUUGAUCCCAUGGCGCAUAUCCUCACCGCAGAAGGCUCGUCAGAGGAAGCGUCUACGUGCGGUUGACAACGUCGUCGACACUGUCAGUGCCGCGUUGCAACGAAAUGGAGUCACCGCAAAAGCUGUCGACCGGUGGUACAGGGAAAUGCCGCGGGAGCAGGAAAUGCUGCCGAAGGACAAAUACACGAUCUUUGACAAGAAGGAAAAGAAGUAUCGCAAGGGAAUUCACAAGCUGCCGAAGUGGACACGAGUCAGCCAACGAGUGAACCCUCCUGGUUUCUAA